CAGAGGAGUGCGGAACAGACCAGGGAGGCAUGUUCUCUUCCAAGUGGAAUACUGGCUUGGGGCUCGCCAGCCUUUUGGGAUUUCCUAUAGGAUCUUAGAAGCCUCGAAAGCAGCGGUGUGAAGGGCAGCACCACUUCAGGACCAAGGAGCCUAAAAUCCUAUUCUCCCCGUCCGUCAGGUCCCAGUUCAUACUACAUGGGUGCACAUGGCUCUGUUACGAAAAGUUAAUCAAGUGCUGCUUCUCCUUCUGAUUGGGACCCUCUGUGGGAUCGUGUACAAGAAAGUCCAUAAAGGGGCUGUGCUCAGGAGGGAAGCAGAUGCUGCUGCCACAACUCCAGAGGAUGGAGAAGAGGAGAUUCCAGUGGUGAUUUGUGCAGCUGCUGGGCGCAUGGGCGCGGCCAUGGCCGCCAUCAACAGCAUCUACAGCAACACGGAUGCCAACAUCAUCUUCUACGUGGUUGGGCUGCGCAACACCCUGCCUCGAAUUCGAAAAUGGAUUGAGCAUUCUAAACUGAAAGAAAUAAACUUUAAAAUUGUGGAAUUCAACCCUGUAGUCCUCAAAGGAAAGAUUCGACCUGAUGCUUCAAGGCCUGAGUUGUUGCAGCCUCUAAACUUUGUUCGAUUUUAUCUCCCUCUGCUUAUUCACCAACAUGAGAAAGUCAUCUAUUUGGACGACGACGUAAUUGUCCAAGGUGACAUCCAGGAACUAUAUGAUACCACCUUGGCUGUAGGCCAUGCAGCGGCUUUCUCAGAUGACUGCGAUUUUCCCCCUGCUCAGGACAUCAAUAGACUCGUGGGGCUGCAGAACACAUACAUGGGCUAUCUGGACUACCGGAAGAAGACCAUCAAGGACCUUGGCAUCAGCCCCAGCACCUGCUCUUUCAAUCCUGGUGUGAUUGUUGCCAACAUGACUGAGUGGAAACACCAGCAUAUCACCAAACAGUUGGAGAAAUGGAUGCAAAAAAACAUGGAGGAAAAUCUCUACAGCAGCUCCCUGGGAGGAGGGGUGGCCACCUCGCCCAUGCUCAUUGUAUUCCAUGGGAAAUACUCCACCAUCAACCCUCUGUGGCACAUCCGGCACCUGGGCUGGAAUCCAGAUGCCAGAUAUUCGGAGCACUUUCUGCAGGAAGCUAAGCUACUCCACUGGAAUGGAAGACAUAAACCAUGGGACUUUCCUAGUGUCCACAACCACUUAUGGGAAAGCUGGUUUGUUCCUGAUCCUUCAGGGAUAUUUAAACUCCAUCACAACAGCUGAUAUAGCCCGACAUUUAAAAUAUUCCCCAGUGUAAAAAUGUAGAAUUUUUGUACCUUACUACAAUAUUGUUCCUUACGUACCUUUGAUAUCUGUGACCCACAAUGUAAGAAACAAAAACUGUGUAAAACUGUACCUUAAACCAUGUCAGCAUUCAUUUAGUAUAUGAAGUACAAGUGUUAGUCAUGCCUGUGUGUAUGUGUGACAGAGAAUGAGUGGGGGACUGCAGGGGGAGGGGGGAAGAGACAGAGCCUAGCUAGGUAUCCCAGUCAGGCUGGCCUUGAAUUUGAGAUCUUCCUUAGUCUCUGAAGGCUGGGAUUACAGGGUGCGCAGCAGGUAUGUACCCCAGUACUCAGCACAAGUGUAAACUAUGAAAAUCAAGAUUAUGGUGGAAAUAAAUCUAUUUAGAUACCAGCAACUAAUUUGCUUAUUAACUCUAAUGACAAUUACACCCACGAGUUUUUUUUAAAGCUUCUAAAUAUUUUUUAUGUAUGUGGGUAAUUUUUAAUAAGUUGUCAACCUUGUUUUUAUUAAACUAUGAAAUAUAAACAGACUCCUGUAAAAAUAAAAUAUAGAUUUUUAAUGAUUUUCCUCAUGUACAUUAUUCUACAUGUUAAAUAAAGUAAACUGAUCUCAGAUUUAAAAGAGAAACAGUUCAUUAAGCUUUAAAGAAGAGUGAGGGUUGGAGGCAUGGCUCAGUUGGUAGACUGCUAGCCAAUGAGCAAGUGUCAGGAUCAAGUUAGAGUUCCAGUCUCAGACUUUAAAAAAUCCACCUGUACCUGAGCUAGGGUUCAAGUGGCAGAGCACCUGCCUAGCAAGUUUGAGGCCUUGAGUUCAAAUCCUAGUACCCCCUUAC